GGUGUUGAACUUUAACCUCCACACUGACUCUGACAUGGACGGAUACUUGGCUGGUCCACAGUUCAGUUGGUGUAAAUUCCGCACCACAUUUUUAGGAUGCACUAUUCUGUCAGCCUGAAUAUUGGAGGCUUACUGAACCGGUUAAAAUAGGAUGUCAACAAGUGACGCAGGAGAGUUGGAGGAGAUCUCAGUUGUAGGAGGGGAGACAGCUACGCCUCUGUACGGGACAGCACAAGCAACACGGACACAGACCGAAAGGCAGAAGAGUCAUCGUGAAACCCCGACCUUGCAGCACUCUCACCAAUCAGCCGUCAGACAGGAGGGAACACACAAAGCACUAAUAUUGAGACCAAGAAAGGAGGAGGCUGUUCACUUUGGUGACUCGAAGAUUCUGAUCCAGAAGCGUGUUGGACCAAGAUUCACCUCCAGCAUCUUUGUGAGGCUCUCCAGCAACCCGGGCCUUGACAAUCCAGACCUAAGACCCAAGAAGAAGCCAGACUUCUGUCUACACAGUUUGUCUGAACCACAGAGGGUUGAGACCAAGAACAGCAGCUCUCAGGUUAAUGGACGAACGUCACCACCAGACACCUUUACAGAUGUAGCCAGUGACUCUCCAUUACCAGAGAAAACACCAUUUCCAGCCGAGAAGGAAGAAGAGGUUAUCCCAGUUGUUUGCAAUGGAUUGGAGACUGUCAGGGACUUGAGUAUAACUCACAGUUUCUCAAAUAGUGACUCUGGACUACUUGAGCAUAAUGGCUUGUGCACACCCCCAUGUGCGUCACAACCAAGCAGGACUGGCUUUGGAUCAGUUGAGUUAGAGGAAGAUAUAAAGGACUAUACAAAGCUUGAGAACCACACUGAUUUUGAGGAACUGUCUGACCAUAAUGUAACCAUGUUGUCUUCCACUGUGGUAACAGUUCUUGCACCACAAUGGAGUGGCCGACUACGACGGACCAAAAGAUUUGAGGGGACCGGGAAUUUGGAAGCCCAUGGGGAUUUACAAGACGUGACAAACACUGAGGCAAACCGUGUACAUGAACGCUUUCAGGAGACUCAGAACCAACAUAGUGUGGAGAGGAUGUUCACAGAUGGAUCGCACGCCCAACUAAGGGUCCCAUUUCUGGGUACCAGGAGGAACACUGUGGGCUGGUCAACUAAGAGUGGUCCAGCAAGCUUUGACUAUGAAUCCAAGAGGAAAGUGGUUCAGUCUGUCUCUUUGGAUAUAAACUCUGGAAGGAUGAACAGGAGAACAGAUACAGGUGCUUUGAGCCCUGUAGCCACAACUGCAUCUCCUGUGUCGCCCCUCUCCCUUGAUCAAAAUGAACAAAAGAGGAAUCUACAAACUGGUCAUCAUGGAGAACUCUCAUCUUUAAGCUCAAAACCAACAACCAGCAGUCUUCUUCUGUCAUUAAGAAGAUUCAACUCCAAUAGCAGGAACUCUCAUCCAAACCCAACCCUCUCUGAGAUAAACCCUUCACCUCUGAGCAGUUUACCCAAUGAUCGAGAUGGAAAACAGUUCGCAACACACCUCUCUCAAACCUUUCACAAUAAUAACGAGCAAGAGAGGGUGAAGCCCCUCCACUCUACAUCGUCCAUUUCUUAUAGAACAACUGAAACUGGGCCUGUCUUUUCCCCAUCAUCCUCCAAUUACAGAGGAAGAGACACAUCCAAAACAUGCCUCUUUUCAUCUUCAACCAUAAACAAAGUCACUGAAGACACACCGUAUACCAAACAACAUCAAACAAUGAAUAAGACCUGGUCCAGUCUUUCAUGUUCCAAUCAGGCAUUUCUAAGUAGAGGACCAUCAGAAAGGCAACAGAGCUUGAGGGGUUCAGACAAAACUACAAAUGUAUUCUCAGAGGGCUCAGUCUCUUCGCCUAGACAUUCCUCAUAUGACUCCUCUGCCCACCUAAAAACUCAUUCCAUUCCUAGAAGGACCACUCUGACAUCCACUUCCUGGUGGAAACAAGUUACCCCGGAAGGCAGUUCCCCUCUAACCCUCAGUGAUACAACCAACAUCAAAAACAAGCCAAACACACUCUUAGUGCCACCCUGUAAUGAUAAUAGUGACUUUGCCUCUCCAAGUCCAACUGACAACAAAAGAUUUAGUGGUCACACAGCCAAUAACAGAGACAACAAUAACACAACAGAGUCAGUUUGCAAAGGUAACAUGAACCUUGUUAUGAAGACACAGGGAGAAACACACAGCCUCGGACAAAGAAAUACUGAGGAUUCACUUGACCAUGAUUCAGACAGGCUUAUCAAACAGCAGUAUGGCUCCAGUUUAAACAACAGAGAACCACAAAAGCCUCAUAGUUUGCCUGAUAUUUUGUCCAGUUCUAAAAUUAGCAGAGCUACAGUGCAAACAACACUGACUCGCUCCAAAGAUCUCAGCAAGUGUGAUGUAAGCAAUAGUUCAUUUACAGCAAAUGUAACUGAAUUACCACCCUCUUUGGAAAAUCUCAAGAGCUCAACUACACCCACUGAGAGCAGCAGCAAAUACAUAAAUAAUCAUUGUCCACCCAAAACCAACAACAACCCCGUCUCUCCUCACAAUAGGGACUCUCAAAAGUUUACCGAACAGUCUCUCUCUCUUGAGACCACCAACACUCUAAACAGUCAAGCUGUUACCACUAAAUUUGUCUAUGGUCUCCCCCUGACGCAAAAUACCAGAACCAGUCCCUCUUUCCAAUCCCAUCCAGUUUGUUCUCAGACCAACAUGCAAAAUGCCUCAUCAUACACUGCCUCUUCCUCACAAAUGCCCAAAUUCAAAACAGCCACCACCACAUCUCUUGGCUUUGAAAGAAACUAUCCCUCCAUCCCCAAGCCUUUCCACCCUAAAACCGUGUCUAGCCUCAUUCCCACAGUCAAUACUCUUUCUAAAACAAACUACAGCCUUGUAUCCACUAGCAGCCAUCCUGAACUGCCAACUGCCCCCAGCCCAUCCCUUCUUACUCCUCCUAUCACUUCUGCCAUUAUAUCUUCUCCCACCACUAUCACCACCUCCUCUCUCCUAACCCCCCCUGCCACCCCAAUCAUUACCAGCCCCAUCUAUUCAGAAACUUCCAGUCCUAAGGAAGGGAGGACACUCUUCAACAGCCUAGAAAGAGACCCAAAGAAACUGCGCUCCCAUGCAGAGGGAAAGAGAGUAAGACGGGUAACAUGGGAAGACUCAGUGGAUCUGCAGCAUUCUGAGCCUGUCUCAGUGGAGAAGCCAGAUCCAUCUGGAGUUCCAACAAGCUCUCUAUCCCCACAAAGCACUAGGACUCCAUCCAUCUUCUCCUUUCUAAGACCAAGCAGUCCAACCACAAAUACAUCUCAUCUUUGCAAUCCUACACCCAAGACCUCCAACAUAGAGGUGGGAAGGGGAGGGAAGUAUCGGUCCUUAUCAUCUGACUCUGAUCUAGCAUCCAGAGGGCGAGAGAGAACUAAGCAAAGACCUGGAGACACUAUGAUUUUUGACCAGGGAAGAAGAGAAUCAGCCGCCCCCAGGCAGGAGAGAACCCUAUCAGUGGAGUCUGGCACAGCCCAAUGUCAUUCCUCUGCACCUCUCUCCCUCCCUCCUGACUUUUCAAGUGGUUAUAUGCUUCGUUAUAGCUCCCCACCUUACUCCACUCUUGUGUCUACCAGGUCAACACAAGGAGAAACUAAAAAUAUAACACCCAGAUCACCCUUCUUCCAACUACCCUCUCAGUUAAAUUACACCCCACAUCUUUCCUUACGUACUGACCCAGUGGCAGACGUGACCAUACCUUUGUCCGAACUGACUCCGUCACCUAUCAACUCACCCCAGCCCUUGUCCUUGCCUUUUCAAAACAAAACUGCUUCACAAGAGAGUUCAGUGUGUGGUGUUUCACAAACAGAUCAAGUUAACAAUAAUCACUGCAAGAAUAUCAGCCAAGAUCGCCAGAAUGGCCAGAUAUUACUUGUCGACAACAGAAUUCAUAUUGGCUCAAAGUCUCUGCAGGGUGAUAAGGCACACAACUCUAACUCAACAUGUGUAACUGAGACACUGGUUUACAGCAUUAAAUCUAAAGUUGAUGCAGCUGCACAAAAGAACAGACGACCUGAAUCUUUGCAACAUACCACAAACACACAGGUUUCUGUGGAGACCAAGUUAAGUCAACAGUCACACACAGCUCAGAGUAAGGGAGCAGCAGGUGAACCACGUAGUCAUUCAAAUCAGAGCUCCAGUGGUAGCAGCUCGUCAGAGAGCCAGUCCCUGGAUAACGAACGCUGCAACAGGAAAAUGAAAGAGAGUGUAAUGGGUAAAGGCAGAUUUUUUUCAGUGGAGAGCAAUAAUGAACAAAGCCCAAAGAGAAGCCGUUUUGUACUGAAGAAAAGUGUCAGCACACCAAACUCCAGUUUAUCAAGGUCAGACUCAGAGAGGGCCACCAAGACUAAUAAAAAAGUGGACCAGGUCCUUAACAAACUGAGACAAACAUUCAGUACUAAACGGUCUGAUGAUGAUGUUUCAUUUCCAUGGAAAUGGAAGCGAGCUUCCCAAACACCCCCAGUCAGCGGAUUGAGGGACAUGAGCAACAGUAACAAAUCGCUAGAGGAGCAAGAGCAGGAGAGAGAGGUAGAGCUGCAGAACAAUGAAAAGGAAACAGAAGAGAAUAGAUGGGCACAAAACAGAUACAAUCUCAUACCAUCUUUGACUAUAGGAAAUACAAUGGCAGAAGAUAAGUUCUCCAUGUGGUCAGACAAAUCAACUCCAGAAACUGACCAAGAAGAUCAAAAUGCUUGUGCAGAACACAUGUGUGAAAGUAAAACUCAUGCUCAUUUGACAAUCCAUAGUCCCACAACUCACCAGUUCGACUUAAAUACGGACGACAGGACAGAUUAUAAACAACAAACAACAAACCAGUUCCUCUCUUGUAGAGAUCCCAGUCCUGGUAGGAGCCCUAACCCCUCUGGUGGUCAUCCUGCUCAGUUCAAGAAGUCCACAUCCAGCCCCAGGAGCCCCUUCUCCCCCUUUGCCUCUCUUUCCCCUCUCUCCCCGUUUUCCUCACCUGAUGUAACAGACGACAGUGUCUUCUACAGCCCAAAGCUACAGCGUCGCAGAGAAGCUUCCUCACCAUGUGAGCCAGGAGAGGGAAUCAGCCUGGUGGGUUCAAGAAGAAGGCGAGUAUCCACAGGCCCUCCAAGUGCAGGUCCAGGACCGGACGAUGAGCGCUUGUCAUCCUCCUAUGCAGACUUAAAGUAUGGUAUUGUGCCUGGGAGGUCAUUUUCUGUGAGUUCGGUUCUCUCCAGUCGACCCUCAGGGCCUGGACGCAUCUCCACUGGAUCCAGGUUCAUGAGUGUGGGUGACCUCUCUGAAUCUGCCUUGGAUUGUCGAGGAACUGGCCAGGACUUGGAUCAUGGUUUUUUAACUUCUGAUUGGACAAGAGAAUAUGAUUGUGGACCCACCAGUGACUGUCGAAUGUCAUAUUUCUCCAGUGACCCUGGUAAAAUAAGAUCGAGAUCUCUUCCUCGAUCACUGACCAGGCGCUUGGCAAAUUGGAGCUCAGAGUCCUCCGCCUCUUUACCUGUAACUGCCACAACUUCAAAGCCAGCCCGCCUCUGGAGCCCUAACAUGAACACUUGUCACUUUGCAUGGGAUACAGAGGGUCCCCCGACCCCGCCUCCAACACCUCCCCUGUCACCAGUGUCCAGACGCAUAUCCACACCUAGCCUGUCCUCCCCUACCUUACCCCUACCCAGCUCAUCAGGAGCGCCACAGGACAGCCAGCCCUCCAGAGGUCAUUUGCCCUCCAGGGGUUAUGUCUCCAGCCUUAGCACCUUUGAGGAGUCUUCAGACAGCGGCUCAGACACAACGACAGAUGAUGAAUAUUACUUAGAAACGGGCGAAGACGAAGAAAAGGAGACAGAAUUGUGAAAGCAGAAAAACAAUUGACUCUUAAGUUUCUCUGAUCCUGGAACUUUAUUAUCUAGACAAAGGAGAGGGACAUGGGAGAGACAUAUCCACAAGAAGAAAGAUGGGCUAAAGUGAUCCAGUGUGUAAAGUGACCUCCUCUUCUUGUCUCCAGUUUUUUGUUUACUCUUGUUGUCACCAAAGGAGACCUGAGGUCAAUAGGGACAGUUGAUUACCUGCAUGAUAACUUUUUUAAUGUGGUGGUUACUGUCAUGUCAAAAAGACAUUAAUUGAGCAAGCAUGAUAUUACAAUGUAUGUAUGCGAAGUAUGUACGGUAAAGUGUAUGUCACUGCAGAUCAGCAAUUUAGGGAUAAAUAAUGGAUGUUCACAUACUUUGGACAGUUGCAUGUCAUCAGUGAGAGAUUCACAUCUGUGUAGUUGUUUUAAUGAUCAAACUACUUUGUAAAGUCAGGUAUUUGACAUUUUGGCUUAUCUUAAGGUUUUUUCAUUUCAUUCUGCUGCUUAACAAUAAGUGCUGAGGUAAUUUGAGAAUUUGUGUUCUUCUGUAUUUGAAGAUUGAAAUUCAUUGUGGUAAAUGUUGUAAGCAUAAAGCUGACAGUUUAUUUUCAUAGCCACUUUUUUUAAUGGGCAGUGUUGUCUUAAAAAGUUUUGGUGGAUGAAAUAUUAUGUUUUAAUUAACAUUUGUUAUCAAACAUUAUAAAGUGCUCUAUACAGUGCCUGAUCUUAUUUGCUACACUAAAUAUUUGCACAGUGACAAUUUAAAUUCUUAAUAUAUCUAUUUUAUAAAUAAACCUAA